AUGACCACUCCUGAAAAUCUUAUUGAAUUAAAAUCAGAAGACGAGUUAAAUGAACUUGUCAAAGCGAACAAAAGUUCCGUCGUGGUUCUUGACUUUUGGGCUUCUUUUGCGCCGGCUUGCAAGCAAAUGAACGAUGUCUUUGUUGAACUGGCUAGGAAACACUCAACUUUGAAAUUUGUCAAAAUUGAAGCAGAAAACUUUCCAAACGUGUCAGGGUCGUUUGGAAUUGAAGCCGUGCCAGUGUUUAUAGUGCUUAAAAAUGGAAAGUCUGCAGCACGCGUCGAAGGGGCAGAUGCGCCAAAGCUUUCUGAAGUGGUAGAAAAGUAUUCUAAAAUUGCUGAAUCGACUACUUCAUUGUUUCCUAUAACAGCAGAUUCAUCGUCACCAAUAUCCACAACUAUCUCACCACCGAACGGUGAUUUGAAUGCUCGACUAAAGACUUUGAUUAAUAGUGCGCCGGUGAUGGUGUUUAUCAAGGGAACACCAAGUCAACCACGUUGUGGAUUCUCCAGACAAGUUAUUGACAUUCUUAAUGAGCAUAAAGUCAAAUUCAGUUCAUUUAAUAUUUUAGCUGAUGAAGAAGUAAGACAAGGCUUGAAAACAUAUUCCAAUUGGCCCACAUACCCACAACUCUAUGUGAACGGUGAAUUAGUGGGCGGAUUAGAUAUCAUAAAAGAAUUAGUGGCGUCCGGAGAAUUCCAAUCAAUGAUUCCAAAAGCAAAAGAUUUAAACGAACGUUUACAAGAGUUGACGACACGUACUGAUGUUGUCGUAUUCAUGAAGGGUGUUCCUAGUGCACCGCGUUGUGGAUUUUCAAAACAACUCGUAAACAUCCUUGAUCAAAAAAAUAUAAAGUACGAACAUUUUGAUAUACUGACGGACGAGGAAGUGCGCCAAGGAUUAAAAACUUUUGCAAAGUGGCCCACCUAUCCGAUGGUAUUUCAUAAAGGCGAGUUGAUUGGUGGAUUGGAUAUUAUCAAAGAAUUGGAUGAUACCGGAGAGUUAGUCGCGUUUCCGGAGGGCAAUGCUGUAAUUGGUCCAGGAUGGCACAAAAUGAGCCGCUUAGUACCAGAAGGGGUAACGAUCUUACGUCUAACACCAACUGUGCUAUUAUCUACUUAUAAAGUAGAAGAUGAAUAUUUGGUGAAAAAUACUGAUCCCUUUAAAGGGCGCGGAUGGGCAGGAAAGUCGACAUGA